AUGCGCAUAGGACAACAAGCAGGUUUGGCUCAACCGUCCACAGAUCCGAAAGGAACUCCAAACCCUGAAGGCCACAAGGCAGCUGGAUCAGACGGUCUGCCACCUGGUGGAGAAGCUCUCUUAAAUAAAGUCAUGGAAGAUUUGGACUACUUUUCUAAGCGCGCGAAACGAGACAAAAUUCACGGUCCCGUCGAAUCUGAUCCGGAAUAUCAAUGCAUUGUGGAGGCCAAUAAUUUGAUGGUGGAGAUCGAUAAUGAAAUUAACAUCAUACACAAAUAUGUCCGUGACCUCUACUCGAAACGCUUUCCCGAACUGGAAUCGUUGGUUCUCACCUGUUUGGACUACCUCAAAACAGUUCUCGUAUUGGGAAAUGAUAUCCUCGAGCGUUCGAAACAGACAGAUUUGCUAUCUCCGUUUCUCACUCCAGCCACAAUUAUGGUAGUCUCCGUCACUGCCUCCACAACCCAAGGAUCUCCGCUCAAGCCAGACCAACUAGCUCGAAUAGAGGAGGCAUGCCAAAUGGCUAUUGAGUUGCACGAUAUGCGUGUCACUAUGCUGACUUAUGUGGAAUCCCGCAUGUCUUUCAUUGCACCGAAUAUUAGCAUUUUGGUUGGAGCCUCGACAGCGGCUAAACUGAUGGGUACGUUUCGUAUUCGUUAA